AUGGCCCAAGCGGAUACAAGUAUUGUUACCAGGCUCCGAAACGCGAUCUUAAAAAUCUGCAGAUAUCCACGAGGAUGUCGACGUGUGUCCGAUAUCAUGGCGAGGUAUCUGAUUCCGUCAAUUCCAGAAAAAGAAGGAAAGGAGAUGUAUAAAACCCUGGGUGAUCUUUACGAUGAACACGUUUUCAACUCAGCCAACAACUAUUUCGACAGCCAAGCGCCUUUUCAACUUGAAGACAUCUUAAUCUCCGGGAGCGUAAAUGAAGGUACGCACAAGAUAAAUCUAGAGACGGAAUCAAUGUCAGACACGGAUUUCAUGCUUAUAUUAAAGAACAUCAAAGUCACUGAAGAAGAGCAAAAGAAAGGAAACCUUACAGUUAAAGAAAAUACAGCAUUUGUGAACUUGUACCUAACAGAUGAAGACCUUAUUAAGAUGUGGGCUGAUUUCUUGGAAACGUCGAGUAAUGCAAGCUAUGAAAGAAGUACUAAGCUUUCGUCAAUGAAACUGAAAGAACGAUUUAGAGAAAAAUAUAUUACUUACGGACCAAUCUUUACGCCACUUGCCAACGAAGAUGUUGAAGACGUCGACGAAGGACCAUCCAUAGCGGUUUGUUCAAAAAUACCUGGUAAUGCAGUAACGAAUCAGUCAAAAAUCAUGCAUUUUCCACUUGCAGAAUUCGACUUUGUCCUUGCAAUCAAGUGCGACGGAUGGCCACUAUGUGCCCAAGAAUGGUUAUCUAGACCAAGAUGUUGGCCAAAUCAAGAUAUCGUUCAGGCAAUCGUCGAAUGUGGUUUUCAUAUUGUCUGUAAAAGAUCUUCUGAAGGCGACUUCCGGUUGUCUUAUUCUAACGCAGAAACAAUCCUAAUUCAAAACCUCAGUGAUCUGCAGCACAAGACGUAUCGCGCUUUUAAAUCGUUCGUUAACCAUUAUAAAAAUGAAUGGAGCUCUAACAUCAAGAAAAUCAUUUGUUCCUAUCAUCUUAAGACGAUCCUGCUAUGGUAUUGUGAGAAAUCUGAUCCAAGAGACUGGACUGAGGAAAGAAUUGUCGGUCAUCUAUUAUCACUUAUAGACGACCUGAUAUCUGCGUUGAAGGAAAGAAAUUUACCAAUGUAUUUCAUGCCAAAGUACAACUUGAUGGAGCAACUGGAUGGCAGUACAGAAGUAGUUGAGAAGAUAGUAGAAUUACGUUUCAAUCUUCACUCGAUUACUGAGGCAAUAAUCUGCGAGGAACCCAAUAUUCUGGAUUGGAUGAACUUCUUAUUUAACCUAUCACCUGGAUGUCUCCAGCCUUUCAAAAAAGGUAUUGAAAAACGAAAUUUUGACCCAAAAGAUUUUCUUCAAAAUAUUUACACGACGGAGAAUUUAUAUAACGAGUAUUGGAUCAAUGCUGCUGGAAAGAUACCAACAAGAAAUGACGUGCAAGGGAAAAGAGCGAAGAGCAUUUUGACUGGGCCAUUUAUGAAGUAUAUGGACAAAUGUUGCAAAAGCAUGAAUCGUAUUUACCUAAAUAAACCGGUGAAAGAAGAAGAUGAGAAUGAAAAUUGA